UCAUAGCACCUUGAUAGUGUAGCAUUAAUUGAUCCAAUCCUGUAGCAAAUCGAGAUUGAUCAUCCCUUAGUUGAAGGUAUUGUGGUAACUUCUGAAGUGGAUUAUAAUCAAACAUGUUAUAUGCAUCAAAAUUGAGAUCCUUAAUAUUCUUCAUCAUGAAUCCCAAUUCAUGACUCCAAUGUUUCGACAAUGCACUAGUUUUCACCAAAUCCUUCAAUGUUAACUUGGAAAAGAUCAACGAUAACACAGAAUCAGGUAACUCAGCGUUGAGAUUUUUGCACCUCUUCAUUGCUUCUGCAAACAAUAACAAACAAACACAAGAAUUAGGGUAUUUAUAGAGUUAGGGUUUUUUAUGGGCCGGGUCCAGUAUACACCAAUUAUAACGUUAAGUAACAUUGAAUAACAAAGUUAAAACGUUGUUUUCGGAACAAACUAACAAACUCAUGGUUGAUUCUCAACAACCUUUGUAUAGAAACAUAUGCAACACUCUUCUGUCUCUAACAUACUCUCGCUCACUCCCCAAAGGUCUUCAACUUCAUGCUCAUAUUAUCAAAUUAGGUUUACAAACAAUUCCUCUUCUCUCUCAUCAUCUCAUCAAUUUCUACUCCAAAACCCAUCUUCCUUAUUCCUCUCUUCAAAUCUUCAACGAUUCCCCUCACAAAUCCGCCACCACAUGGAGCUCAAUUAUCUCUUCAUUUGCUCAAAACGAGCUGCCUUUGGUUUCUCUCGAAUUCUUCCGCCGAAUGCUCCGGAAUGGUUUACCUCCGGACGAUCAUAUUUUCCCAAGUGCCACUAAAUCAUGCGCGAUUCUAUCGUCGUUGCCCGUUGCUCGAUCUCUGCAUUGCUUUGCUUUUAAAACUGCUUACCAUGUUGAUAUUUUCGUGGGGAGUUCUAUUAUUGAUAUGUAUGCUAAAUGUGGAGAUAUUGGUUUUGCGCGUAAGGUGUUUGAUGAAAUGCCGAAUAGAAAUGUUGUUUCUUGGAGUGGGUUGAUUUAUGGAUAUGUUCAAUUGGGGGAGGAUGAUGAAGCUUUGAGGCUUUUUAAACGGUUUCUUGUGGAAGAAGAUGAUGGUGUUAAUGAUUUUACGUUGUCGAGUGUUUUAAGGGUUUGUGGUGGUUCUACUUUGCUUCAAAUGGGAAAGCUGAUACAUGCAUUGAGUUUCAAGACGAGUUUUGAUUCAUCUUGUUUUGUGGCGAGUUCUUUGAUUUCUCUGUAUUCUAAAUGUGGGGUUGUUGAAGAAGCUUAUGAUGUUUUUGAGGAGGUUACUGUUAGGAACCUUGGUAUGUGGAAUGCUAUGUUGAUUGCUUGUGCUCAGCAUGCACACACAAAUAAAACGUUUGAGUUGUUUGAUAAGAUGAAGAGUGUUGGUGGGGUGAAGGCUAAUUUUAUUACAUUUUUGUGCGUGCUUUAUGCAUGCAGCCAUGCAGGGUUGGUAGAGAAGGGUAAAUAUUACUUUGAGUUGAUGAAGGAUUAUGGUAUUGAACCUGGGACACAACAUUACUCAACCAUGGUUGAUUUGCUUGGUCGUGCUGGUAAGUUAGACGAUGCAGUUAAGAUAAUUGAGGAAAUGCCUAUGGAACCUACUGAAUCUGUUUGGGGAGCUUUGUUAACUGGAUGUAGAAUACAUGGGAAUCCUGAACUGGCAUCUUAUGUUGCGGAUAGGGUUUCUGAGACGGGUUAUGUGAGUUCUGGACUUCAUGUUAUGCUUUCGAAUGCUUAUGCUGCUGCUGGUAGAUGGGAGGAAGCGGCGAAAGCGAGGAAGACGAUGAGAGACUGUGGAAUAAAAAAGGAAACUGGAUUGAGUUGGGUGGAGGAAGGGAAUAGAGUUCAUACAUUUGCCGCUGGGGAUAGGUCUCAUGCAAAGACAUUGGAAAUUUAUCAGAAGUUAGAGGAGUUGGGAGAAGAACUGGAUAAAGCUGGUUAUGUUGCUGAUACUUCUUUUGUGUUAAAAGAAGUGGGCGGUGAGGAGAAGAACAGAACUAUUAGGUAUCAUAGUGAGAGAUUAGCUAUUGCAUUUGGACUUAUUACUUUUCCUCAAGGACAAGCAAUUAGAGUGAUGAAGAAUUUGAGAGUUUGUGGUGAUUGUCACACUGCUAUCAAGUUUAUUAGUAAGUGUACCGGAAGGGUCAUCAUUGUGAGGGACAAUAAUCGGUUUCAUCGAUUUGAGGAUGGAAAAUGUACUUGUGGAGAUUAUUGGUAGAGUCAUACAUUAGGGACAUUAGAACAACUGAGGUAGAGAAUAUUAUUUACCUUGAACAAAAAUAGCAUCAGUUUCAGAGAUAACACUGCAUCUUUUGUAAAACCAUUUUGUUUUUUCUUUCUCACCAAGGUCAAUUUUGAAAGUACUUACAAAUUUUUUUAGUGUGUUGCUGCUAAUAAGUAGAAAAUGCUAUUUAGUUGUAACAAAAAAAAGGCUAUUUAGUAAUGUAUUCA